CUACUGCGUUGCAAAUGAUAAAUGUUAUAACAUUCUUCUUAAGUGCAGUUUAUUAGUGCAGCGGGUUCUGCUUGCAAGCUCUCCUCACGAGCCAUUUUGGAUCAAGGAUCAAGAGAUAUGCUGAGAUUACAGAACGGCCCGCUUUUCUGAAAGGAUGACAUCAGCUAGGGAACGAUUUUUUCGCCAGAAAGUCCUAACCAAGUUGUUCCCUUCAGAAGUAGAGUCAGAUUCCAGUGAUGAUGAUAAUGAUGAUGACGCUGGCGUGGAAACGAAUUCACAAUUCAUCGUCAGAACAUUAGAUAAAGACUCGCAAGAAAGAUCCGCUGAAAGAGAGAAACGAAAGCUGAGUGUGGCUGAAGAUAUAAAUUUUCCUCGACCGCACAAAGUCUCCUUACGAGAUGAACAAGCCACGCCGUCUUCCCCUUCAAGACUAAUAGGUGUUGAAAAUCCCGUGCCUUUUUUGCCAAAGAGUCUCAGCGCAGUAUCCAAGAAAAGAGGGGAACCGAAGGAUGAAAAAUGCAGAGAGCAUACAGCGAGUGGCACUGGGUCAGAUCUUUCAAAAUCAUCAGAGCAGGCGUCUAAACUGUCCAAGAAUCAGAAGAGGAAACUGAAGAAAAAGCGUCACAAAGAACGAAUUCGUUCCAGUGGAGUCGAAAAAACAGCUCCAGCUCCCAAAGAAUUCACAUACGAUACCGCGUAAUCCAGGUUUACCGACAAAUGGAGUAGAUCAAACUUGCACAUGUGACUGAGUGCAGUAUACUUUCGCACGAGACCAUGUGCAGGAUACUUUCGCACGUAACUAUGCAGGUGGCGUGUACUUACUCCCACGACGAAGUGACAUGUUUUAUUUCAUGUGAUUUUUCAAAGUCGGUGUCAUUGGUUUGGAACUGAUCUUGGAUCAUACCCAUUAACGACCAACUCACGACAUCGUGUCCUUAUGGCGCCCGAACUUUCAAGCGAGUGAAUCUCGACGAAUAAGUACUCCUCAGCCACAACUACCUUUCUCUGUCCACGCACGUUUUUCGGAUAUCCACAAGUUUUUUAAAAUCCAAACUGCUCAACUGUUCGUUACCAGGGUAUGAAGGGGCACACAUGUGACCCAAAUAGGACACACAAGUGGUAAUUAUCUCACGCAUAAUUGAUGAGUCUGAGAAAUUAUCUCGAAUAGAAACUUUCUACCAUAAUCAAAAUUCUUUUUUCCUUUAAAAAUUGCAAAAAUUAGCCGCAUCAUAUAUCGUUUCGAUAUCAUUUUCUAGUAAUAAAAUGAAGUAUGUUACGGUAAUACGCUAAAAAAAGUGUUCAUUACUUCCGUUUGACUGACGAUGUAUACUAUAAUUUAAAAGGUUAAUAUAUAAACUGACGGUUUUAUCUGUAUUUAUUUAUAAAUGU